AUGUUGCCCUCGACGUCGAAGCUACUGAAAGAUCGCGUUCGUCACUUUGUACCGGCCUGGUUCGCUGUGAUCAUGGGGACAGGAUCAAUAUCCAUUCUAUUCCAAAAAUUCCCAUACUGGAACGGAACCGCCACAAUGAACGCCCUCAGCGCCCUCUUCUUCUUUCUCAACUUCGUACUCUUCGUUGUCAUCAUGAUAACCAGCGUCGUUCGCUAUAUCAUUUUCCCCGACAUCUGGUUCAUCAUGGUUCGGCACCCAGUGCAAAGCCUGUAUCUCGGCUGCUUCCCGAUGGGCAUUUCUACACUCCUCAAUGUCUCCGUUUCUCUUCUUUAUAAAGAGUAUGGAUUUGGGGGGACGACGUUCUUGUACACCAUCUGGGGCUUCUGGUGGCUCAACGUUGCUAUUUCCAUCUUAUGCUGUUGGGGAAUGGUACAUGUCAUGUCAACCACUCACGACCAUUCUCUGAACCAAAUGUCGUCUGUUUGGCUUCUCCCUGUUGUGACUCUCAUCGUCACAUCAUCCUCUGGAGGUAUUCUUGCUCAAGCUAUACAGCCUUUAUCCCCGUCUCACGCUCUCCUCACCACCACGUUCUCUGUCUUCCUGGUGUCCAUCGGCCUCUCACUUGCGCUUAUGAUUCUUACAAUCUAUUUCUACCGCGUCAUCCUGCACGGACCUCCUAGGGGUGCAAACGUUAUAUCCACGUUCGUCCCCCUUGGCCCGACAGGCCAGGCAGGUUUUUCGAUGAUCCUGAUCGGAGAGAAUACCAAGGAGCUGUUUCCCAUCGCGAACAGCGCCUCGCCAUUUAUGAGCAAUACCAACGCAGGCGAGAUCAUUUAUACCGUUUGCGUCUGUAUCGCGUUCGUGUUGUGGUCAUUGGCUACGAUGUGGCUGGUGUUCGCGUUGCUCAGCAUCCAGAGCGUUGUGCGGAGGACGAGAUUCCCCUUCAGAAUACCCUUCUGGGGCAUGAUUUUCCCGAACGGCGUCUACGCUAAUCUGACUAUCAUGCUCUAUCGCGUCCUCGAUGUUCGAUUUUUCCGAGUAUGGGGUGCCGUCUACGCGGUGCUCACGCUCGUGGCGUGGUCUGUUGUUUUCAUCCGCACGGUGUCCAUGGUCCGCACCGGAGAGAUCUUCGCGGCGCCAUGUCUAGAGGACAUUGACAUGGGUGUCUCUGUAGGUAAUCCUAGGGAGAGGGAAAGGGAGGAGGGCCAGGUGCAGGCACAAGCAUCACAGUCUCAGGCGACCAGUUGUGCGCAACAGGCACGGUAG